AAAUCACGGCGUUGAGUAAUCCCAGCCUGAGCUAUAAGAGUUAAGCCUCUUUCUGCUUAAGCCAGAGAGCAGAGAGACCCUCAGCCACACAGGAUGCAGAUGUUAGUAACUGUUGUUCAGUCUGGCCUGUUGGCCCUGCUUACCUGUUUGCUGUAUGUCAGGUGUCAGCAGCCUUUGAACUGUAGAUGGGGGCCGUAUGGAGAUUGGUCAGAGUGUGACGGCUGCAGCAAAACACAGGUCAGAACACGCUCAGUAGAAGUGUUUCCUCAUUUUGGGGGCAGUGUUUGCACAGGGGAGGCCUUUCAACAACAAGCAUGUGCGCCCAAAAAGAGCUGCCCACUGGAAACAGGGUGUGGGGACAGGUUCCGCUGCACUUCUGGUCAGUGUAUCAGCCCUUCACUGGUGUGUAAUGGUGAUCAGGACUGUGAGGAGGAUGGUUUAGAUGAACAGCGAUGUCCUCAGUCCAGCAUGGCCGUGUGCAGUACACAGAAAACUCCACCCAAUUCAGAUCUCACCGGAAAAGGGUUUGAUGUGCUGACAGGCAGGCUGAAAGCUAGUGUUAUUAACACACGCAGCUUUGGAGGCCAGUGCAGGAGAAUAUUUAGUGGGGAUCACAAAGACUACUACAGACUCCCACAGAGCAUCCUCAGAUACAGCUUUCAGGUUGGUAUUGAGAAUGAUUUCAGUGAGGAUUUCUACAACAGCUCCUGGUCUUAUAUACAGCAUCAUGAGGAGAGAUACAGAAUCAGAGGAGGCCAUGAUCACAGAACCUUCCACAGUGAACUGAAGAGGGAUAAGGCCUACCAGCUGGUGAUCAUUAGGAACGAGGUGGAGGUAUCACAGUUUCAGAACAGCGCUCCUCAGUACCUCACCCUGUCUGAGGAGUUCUGGAAGGCCCUGUCGGCUCUGCCCAGCACAUACGACCCGGCAGCUUACCGCUCCCUCCUGCAGCUCUACGGCACGCACUACAUGGCAGAGGGAUCUCUGGGAGGACAGUACCAGCUCCUGCUGGAGUUCGACUCGAGCUUCAUGCGGGAGAUGAGUCAGAAAGAUACAGACUUCCAUCAGUGCAUUACUCGUGUAAAGAGGCGAUUGUUCCGAAAGAAGACCACGACCAAGUGUGAGACGUUAAUCCAGUCCAUUCGGAGCUCGAAUCAACAAAGUAGUCAGACGAUGCCUGUGAAGACGAACGUAGUCGGGGGUUAUUCUGCUUAUGUGGCCGGCCUGGGGCGUCUGGACCUGGACAACCCUGAGCGUAACCAAGACAUGUACUCUAAAUGGGCUGGAUCAGUUAAGGAUUUCCCUCAAGUCAUCAAACAGAAGUUGAGGCCGAUAUACGAGCUGGUGAAGGAGGUGCCCUGUGCUGGGCUGAAGAAGCUCCACCUAAAGAGGGCGCUAGAGGAAUUCCUAGAGGACCAGAGUCCGUGUCACUGCAGGCCGUGCCAGAACAGCGGCAUGCCCGUGCUGAGAGAUGGAGUGUGUUCCUGUGUGUGUAGACCCGACACCAGCGGCUCGGCCUGUCAGAGCGGCCACGUCCUCGGAGAACAGCCAGGAGUGAUUGAUGGGGGCUGGAGCUGCUGGUCUGCCUGGGGUUCGUGUUCUCAGGGUCGGAUGUCGAGAACUCGAUCAUGCAACAAUCCUCAACCCAGAAACGGAGGCAGGCACUGUAACGGACCAAUCAGGGAGCAGAGGGCCUGUGAGGACCCCGAUCUCGAACACUUAAGGUUGAUGGAGCCCCACUGCUUUGACCCCUCUCUGAGCCCAGUAAAGUCCUGCAAGGUUCCUCCUCCCCUGCAGAACGGACUCAUUUUUAAUCCCAGAGAUGUGUAUGCAGUUGGCAGCAGGAUUGAAUACUCCUGUAUUGAAGGAUUUUACCUGGUUGGAGACUCUACAGCUGAGUGUACAGAGAGCCUGAACUGGAGGAGAGGGAGGAUGGAGUGCAGGAGGUCCUCCUGUGAUGCUCCGCCUCUCCUGAGUCAUGUGAUCGCUUCACCUGCUAAGCAGAGCUAUGUGAUUGGAGAGAGUGUUUUCCUGUCCUGCCCCAGUGGGAUGCAGUUACAGGGAGAAGCAGAAAUCAUCUGUCGUGCCGGACUCACCUGGUCUCCAGCACCAAACAGCUUUAAAUGCAACUCAGUGGUCCAAAAUCAACCAAGCCUGGACUGUAAGCCGUGGGAAAAAGCAGGGGAGGGGCAGUGUGUGUGCAGGAUGCCAUAUGAAUGCGGAGCGUCUCUGCAGGCGUGUGCCUCGGUGCGUCCUGGCCGGGUGGAUAGAAUAGGUGUGUGCCAGCUUGGUGCCCUGCAGUGCCAGGGCCGGGCAUUUACCCUGCUCCCAGAUAAUACCUGUCAAUGGCCAGAGAUCAGCUUCACAUCCUGUCAGGACUGCAAGCUCUGGGAGAAAUGUACAGGUUCGGAGUGUAAAUGUAAAGAACUGCAGGACUGUUCAGAAAGCUCCGCCCACCUCUGCGUCUCUGUGGACAAUGGAGCCCCAAAGCCAAUGACUGAAUGUGAAGCCGGGGUCUGGAGGUGCUCAGGGAACAGCGUCAGAAUCAUCAGUGUUGGGGACUGUCCAACAUGAGCUGAUCAAUAGAAAUAUUAUCAUAUAGUUGUAAAUUGUAUUGUAUGUAGUUUAUUUUGUUAUUAUUGUUUUUGCUAAAAUAAAGGCAUUAGGAAUUACAA